AUGCCUACGGCUCUCGCCACUUCCAACUCCGACUCAGGCCCAAGCAGCAUCAACCGUACUGCACUCAUUGCCGGCAUCACCACCACCGCUGUCAUCCUUGCUGCCCUCGCCCUCGCUGCCAUCUUCGUGUACAAACGCGCCCAGAAAUGGCGCAUCGGGUUCAUGGAGACCAUCAAGUGGAUCAGGCGGGAGGGCAAGGGUGCUGGAACCGUUGGCUUGCUGGAUGACGAGUUUGAGGAUACGACGAGGUACAGGGAUCAACCGGACACGCCAGCGUCGGCACCUCAAUCUGUCUCUCAUUCUUCUUUCCUGCUGUCCGAACCGUCGAUGUACUCCGAUACCUCGCCAGUCCGGGGUGAUUCGGGGAGCAUUUUCCACGAAGAGGUGUGGCCGCCUCCACGUGAGGCGAGUGGGCAUUCUCUCGAGCCGAGUAUCGAGGAGGAUCCAUUUAGAGCUAUCACUCCCUUGCCUCCACUGCCGCCUGGAGCUGCCCAGCCUAAGAGGCCGAGUCCGCUGAGGGGGGAGUAG